AUGUCCAAUCCACCUUCAUCUCUUCAGCAACGACAAAGGCUACAUCGGAGACAGAACUCGACACCCGUUGUAGCCUUCGAAGCCAUGAAGGUCUCCGCCAGCAUGCCUCAACAACCACGCCACAACAUCCACAGACGGGGCCAAUCUUUCGAUUUACAACGAAGCCCCAUCCGGAAACAGCAGCAAGGCAGCACGGUAAGUAUGACUAACCUAGGAUCAAUCCACGGACAACAGAUUUUGCGGGAAGCGCAGCAGCAAAGAAUAGCAAGACCGGGCCAGCAACACCAACAACAAAACAUGCACAUUGGCAUGCCCAAUUCUCCUGAUUGUGGUAUGUUUCAAGUGACGUCCAACUCAAUUCCAGCGUCACCCUACGACAAUAUGACAAUGAAUGCGAUCAUGCAUCAGAAUUCCCCAGGCAUGGACUUCCAGCAUUCGCAGCAGUACUUCAGCGAUAUGAAUAUGUCGAUGCAGAACGGGAUGCCGAUAGGCCUCAUGGAUGAGAAUAACCCUCAAUAUUUCCAUGAUGCUCAAGGUCCCCAGUUUCAGCAAAGUACUGGCAUCUCCUUCGACAGCCGGAGGAUGUCGCAACCGGAUCUGCGGGUACAGACCCAGUUGCGACCUCACACACCUUCACAACAAAUUCAGACUGCACAAUUUCCACUUACACCGCCCUUCAGCCAACACAACCAGCCAAUACAGUACUCACGUUCAUUACAAGCGUCACCUGCUCUUCAAUCACCAUACCCGGUGCCGAUGACCCGAGGUAGGUCGUUGCAAGGCAUCAUAGAGCAGGAAGAGUUCAAGCACGAACUCCCAGCGACCCCAGUUGCGCCGGCUUUUGAAAUGGCUGAGAUGCCUGUACCAAGCCCUCGUCGACGAGCUCAGACUCCACCAUCAAGUCAACAAACAGAGGCAACAAAGUUUAAACUGGAAUCAAGUCCCGAAAAAGGUGAUAUCUGCGACUUUCAAGCACCAAAGCUCGAAGACCAGCCUGUGCCCGUCCUAUCAGCCAAGAAGGAUGCUGCGGGCAGCACUUCUCCCAGCAGGCCAGCGCUCUCCCCACGCCGCAUGUCGAUCUCGGACCUGCACCUAGAGCCGGGUAUCGAGGCAUCGAUUGAAGAGACCAACAUAACCCUCGACGACAUCGCGCAAUAUAUCGAGGGCCCAGAUCCAGUGGACAACAAGUGGGUUUGCAAGUUUGAUGACUGCAACAAGAAAUUUGGUCGGAAAGAGAAUAUCAAAUCUCACGUUCAGACCCAUCUUGGUGAUCGCCAGUUCAGGUGCGACCACUGCAAGAAAUGUUUUGUUCGGGGCCAUGACCUCAAACGCCACGCCAAGAUCCAUACUGGUAGCAAGCCAUACCCCUGUCUCUGUGGAAACUCAUUCGCUCGCCAUGACGCUUUGACGAGGCACCGACAGAGAGGAAUGUGCAUUGGUGCCUUCGAGGGCGUGGUCAAGAAGGUGAUCAAGCGAGGGCGGCCAAGGAAACACCGGCCAGAGAUGGAUGAGCGCCUUGACAAGGCCAGUCGAACCAGGAAGAAUAACAGCGAGCCGCAACAGGACUAUUACGCAUCUUCGGCGUCGAGCUGUUCUAUCUCUAGCUGGGGCUCGCCACCAACUGACACCAUGGACAAUCUCAGCAUUCGUGAUAGCUCGCCAUUUGAGUCCAUGGGGCUUUUCAGCAUGCCACAGCACAACACUCUGGCCAUGGAUCAGGUGAUGGGCUUCCCCCCGGACACGUUCUCGUUCACUCCACCCCACAGCCCAGGGUACUCAACAGGAAACAAACCCAGCCCAUCCUACCGCGAGCUGACGCCUGCUGAGAUGGCCGAGGUGUCGAGCAUGCUCCCAGAUCUUCCUGAGAUGGACCAAGCUCUACCUCUGGUGGCGACAGGCCUCGGUGGCUUUCCUGAGCAUGAUCUGCCGGGUCUAUCGCAUUCCAGUUCGUCGCCUGCGGCUGACGCUGUGGCAUUCGACUUCUCAGAACUGCCUCCUCAUUCCUCUGGGGCCUUGCAAGCACCGCAACUUCCCAUGAAGAUUGAGCAGCAUGAGAGAAAUGAUUUUGACAACUUCUUGGACUACGGCAACCUCGAACUGAUUGACCCGACGACAGCGCAAGACUUCUUCAUGUGA